CAGUAAACUGGGAGUGUGAGAGAAGGAGAGGAAGAGUUUAAUCCCGAAAGAAUGUUCCAGAUACUAUUACCAAAAGGUGAGGGAAAGGAUGAUGGACAUCAACAAACAUCCUCUAUGCAUAAAAAUUUACAUGAAGAAUGGACUUCUAUCCUUUAGGUAUAAACCGAGAAGUGGAAUAGCUGGAUCAAAUGGUGGUUCCUUUCCAAGUUUUCUGAGGAAACUCCAAACCUCUUUCCAUAAUGGUUGCACCAAUUUGCAAUGGACAAGAAAAGGAGAUUUUCAACACAGCAGAUUCAGGUCUUCUAAAACUGGAAUACAUAGCUUCAUUUCCCCACAAAAUCAGUCUUAUUCUGUAGAUCCAGCUACUCAGAAGUCUGAGGCAGGAGGAUCAUCUGAGCCCAAGAGUUUGAGCACAGCUUUUCGACAGCUCUGCGACUCCACCGACCUUCACUUAAGUGAUGUCCCAGACCCAGCGGUGGAUAGAUGCCCACAAAAAUAAAUCUACCAGACCUUUUCCCUUAGAGGACCCCAUGAGUAAGCUGUGGCGGCGCGGGAGCACCUCAGGGGCUAUGGAGGCUCCUGAGCCGGGGGAAGCGCUGGAGUUGAGCCUCGCGGGUGCCCAUGGCCACGGAGUGCACAAGAAAAAGCACAAGAAGCACAAGAAAAAGCACAAGAAGAAACACCAUCAGGAAGAAGAGGCCGGUCCCACACAGCCAUCUCCCGCCAAGCCCCAGCUCAAACUCAAAAUCAAGCUGGGCGGGCAGGUCUUAGGCACCAAGAGUGUUCCUACCUUCACUGUGAUCCCUGAGGGUCCUCGUUCACCCUCUCCUCUCAUGGUUGUGGAUAAUGAAGAGGAACCUAUGGAAGGAGUUCCCUUGGAGCAAUACCGAGCCUGGCUGGAUGAAGACAGUAAUCUGUCCCCCUCUCCAAUUCGGGACCUGUCAGGGGGGUUAGGGGGCCAGGAAGAAGAGGAGGAACAGAGGUGGCUGGAUGCCCUGGAGAAGGGGGAACUGGAUGACAAUGGAGACCUCAAGAAGGAGAUCAAUGAACGGUUGCUCACAGCUCGACAACGAGCUCUGCUCCAGAAGGCACGGAGUCAGCCUUCCCCGAUGAUGCCGCUGCCUGUCGCUGGGGGCUGCCCGGCCCCUGCCCUCACGGAGGAGAUGCUGCUGAAACGCGAGGAGCGAGCCCGCAAGCGGCGACUGCAGGCCGCGCGGCGAGCGGAGGAGCACAAGAACCAGACAAUCGAGCGCCUCACCAAGACUGCGGCUCCUAGCGGGCGGGGAGGUCGGGGGGCUGCGCGAGGCGAGCGGCGGGGAGGGCGGGCCGCAGCCCCGGCCCCCAUGGUGCGCUACAGCAGUGGGGCACAGGGUUCCACUCUUUCCUUCCCACCUGGCGUCCCCUCCCCCGCUGCUGUCUCUCAGCGUCCAGCUCCAACAGGCCCUCCUCCGCGCUGCUCUGUCCCUGGCUGCCCUCACCCGCGCCGGUACGCCUGCUCCCGCACGGGCCAGGCGCUGUGCAGCCUUCAGUGUUAUCGUAUCAACCUGCAGAUGCGGCUUGGGGGACCCGAGGGCCCAGGGUCCCCCCUUUUGGCUACUUAAUGCCGUUACCAAACCUGGACUCAGCGCUCUCUUCCCAUGCCUGGUUUUCAGUGUCUUCCCUACCCUAUUAAAUUUCAUCCAGUGUCUCA